AUGUCUGCUGCUGUGUGCGGAAGCAAGAGAUCUUUCUUUGAAGAACUUCCUCCUUCUCCGCCGUUAUCUAAGAGGCUUCGUUGUUCAUCUGCUACUUCUCCGAUUCGUUUUCCUUCGCCAUCACUCUUCGACCAGCUUCGUAAUCUCUUCCCUCACAUGGAACAACAGGUUCUUGAGAGAGCUCUCCAAGAAAGUGACAAUGAUCUAGAUGCUGCUAUCAAGAGCCUGAAUGAGCUUUACUUGGGAGCUGGGGGUGGGAAUUUUGGAACUGCUGAAGAAUCAGAGAUUGAUGUCAGUGGGGAUCAAGGUAAAUUGGAAGAUGAUGUGAAUGAUUCUGCUUCUGAGAAUCAGUCCACUUUGAACAACCUUCCUGCAGAUGGAGCAGAAUGGAUUGACUUCUUUGUUCGAGAAAUGAUGGUUGCUACUAGUGUUGAUGAUGCUAGAGCCCGUGCUGCUAGAAUGCUGGAGGUUCUAGAGAAAUCAAUCAGUGAACGAGCAAAGGCUGAGGCAACAGAUUCUCUUCAGAAGGAAAAUUUGAUGCUGAAGCAGCAAAUUGAAGUGCUGAUUAAGGAGAAAAAUUCUUUUAAAAAUGCAUUCAGGAUUCAGCACGAACGCCUUUCUGAUUAUGAUAAUAAGAAUCAUGAAUUGCAGCAGUUGAAGCAGUUGGCGUCUCAAUACCAGGAACAGAUCAGAACUCUUGAGAUGAAUAACUAUGCAUUGGGAAUGCAUUUGAGGCAGGCUCAACAGAGCAACGGAUUUCAAGGAAAUUUCCCACCGGAUAUCUUCUAA